GCCAGAAAAAUCCUUAUCUCCGUACCAGACAAAGCCGCGGCAGCUAUUUCCUCCGGUUUCUGCAGACUCUCUCAAUCUGAUCACAGCCAACGUCUCCAUUUAUCCCAUUCCCCAAACCAAAUACUACCGCUUGUUCGUAUUCUAUUUAUUCGAUUACCCCCUGCCCAGCACUGCAACUUGUAGCUGCCUCAGGACUCAUAUUGUGUAAAUCAUAGUUGAUGUUUGCCCUGGUCUGAGUGGGUCUUCUUACAGAUGGCUGCAAGAGGACAAAUUCCACCAGCUUUUGAACGACAUCCUGUCCAGGCUUCAGGAAUGAUCCGGCAUGGCCCAUUUCCUGGAUUGUUUACUGCUUCUGGGCAGCGCCUAUUGGAGCCACACCCUCCUUCUGAACUGUUGGAGAAUAAAAUUGCCAUUCAGGCAGCUGAAAUAGAAAGACUUGCAGGGGAGAAUCGUAGGUUGGCAGCCACUCAUCUGACUUUGGAGCAGGAGCUUGUUGCUGCUCAGCGGGAAGUGCAUAGAAUCAGUGACCACAUAAGAAACAUCCAGAGGGAGCAUGAUAUACAGAACAGAAUUUUGCAGGAUAAGAUGAGAAAAAUGCAAGAAGAUAUUAAAGCUGGUGAGAGUGUGAAGAGGGACCUGCAAAAGGCCCACAUGGAGGCUCAGAACUUGGUUGCUACUGGACAAGAGCUGACUGCCCAUGUUCAGAAGGCCACUCAGGAAUUGCAGAAAGCCGAGAUAGAUGUAAAGCAUAUACCAGAUUUUCAUUCUGAACUUGACAGUUUGAGGCAAGAACAUCAAAGGCUGCGUACCACAUUUGAGUAUGAAAAAGGAAUUAACAUAGAGCAAGUGGAGCAACUGCAAGCAAUGGAGAAGAAUCUAAUUGGAAUGGCAAGAGAAUUGGAAAAGUUGCGUGCCGAGGUCUUGAAUGCUGAGAAUAGAGCACUUGCUCCAAACCUAUGUGGUAGUAGUUAUAUGAAUCCAGAUUCGUCGUACCCACCUCCUAUAAGAGGUGCUGGCGCCUAUGUUGACAGCUAUGGAAGGCCUCUUGUUCAGGUGGAUGUUGGGCCAGCGGGAGAUGGGAUGAUUCCUUAUAGUACUGGCAAUGGAGCUGCUAGUGGUGCUGCUGUUGGUGCAUCUGUCCCUAGUGCUGGAAGUGCCUCUGUCCCAGGAGGAGCAUAUGAUCCCUCCCUUGUGCAGAGGUGAAUGGGAAGAAGCUGGCAUUAGAGAUUUUUCAUAAGCUUUUCUGUCUUCUUUGGAAAUUUGUUGGUUUAGCAAUGUGAAGAGUGCUUUAAAAACUGUAGAUUAGAGCCCUCUCUCACAGAAUUAUUUGUUCUCGUGCUGCCUUUUCAUAUACGUAUGCAACCUUAUGGGUUGACGAGAAGUUUGUUCUUCUUUGAUCUUGAAGUAAUGAAUUGACAGGACUGGAGGACUUGAGUUUGAAGUACCCAAAUAUAAGUGCGGAAAUUAGUCAAUCCA